UAAAAAUAUCGAUUUUUCUCAGAGAACGCUUUGCUUGUCAAUAAAAUUCAAAAAAUUAUUUAAUUUAAUUUUUGGAAAAAAUGAUUCGCUACUUAAGAAUUCCGCUUAAGCCCCAGCCCUUCUUAUCCCUUUGGAAUUUAAGGACCUCUAAGGACUAUUCGGAGGAUUGCAAGAAUGAUAAUGCUCUCAAGCGAUUGGGAACCAGUCCCAGGAAUGUUCGUGAUCACCCAGAGGGAUUUACUCCCGAAACUUUAAAUACGACGGCCUUCACUUCCCCGGACUUUAUACCACCUUCCACCUAUCGAAUUGUGAGCGAUGAGGAGGAACUAGGACCCAAGGCAAGCAAAAAGGAAACCUACAAGAAUCCGGAGUACUACAGCUAUUAUCGCUACUCGUACUAUGACCUAAAAACAAUCGUGGAUACCAUUAAAAAGAAACAAUCUUCCCAAAACUAAAAAUAAACGGAAUCUAAUUGGAAAUACUUUUUAAAAGAUUUUUCUUACAGUAUGCAAAAAAAAACUUAAAAUUCUAUUUCAAUUUAUUCCCCUUUUUUAAUUCGCUCUUGGUUUUAUAACAUUUUAUUAUCAGUAAUAAAUGUAGUUAAAUGAUGGCUGGAAAAAUUAAAGUAAGGUUUUACAAUUUCAAAGGACUGUGCUCUUAUUCUCAUUUAAGGCACUGUAAUUUCUCGCAGUGUAAUAGCUCCUCGGCUUGCUGGCACUCCGCCUUAUGACACUAAUCGUAUUAGUUGGCUGGUCGUUAGUUAGGCGGCGCUAUCUGCCCCAAAUGCGAUUUCCGCACAAUGAGCUCCUCGCCGUGUUUGUCGUGCAGUUCGGCUCGUUUCCGGAUUACGUGCGGCAUUUUUCGUACAGGUGACAUAAUGAUCCGGACUCGCCAGCACCUCGCCGUCGUCGUAAUUAGAGGGGAGCGCGGGGCGACGACUUAUGUGCGUCGGACAAAAGAUGCGAUUCUGCGUCGCCAGCACGGGGCACUUUGUAAUUUAGCAAAUCGGUUUAGCAAGUCAUCGGGAAGCACAAAGACGUAGAGUGUCGUGGGGAAAUGGAGCUUUCGCGACAACAUGCCUUAUUAAAUUUACAGACAUUAGCCUCUUACUUACACUUGUAGGUGAUGUUGAUUGGUUACUGCGACCAGGUGUCUGUAAAAUGUGAGCUCCUUGAUCGAGUUCCAAAACUAGCAAAAGAAAAAUGUAAGAUUUUAAAAAU